AUGGGCCGGGGGCCUCUGAGGGCUCCAGGUUCGCCGCCGCCAGCUUGGCUGCUGCUGCUGCUGCUGCGACUACCGUGGUCGGUGUGGGGGGCCGAGGCGUUCCGCGGAAACACCCCCGGAGAGCCAGUCACCCCUCUCUGGGUCCUGGACGGAGGAGCCUGGCGCAUGGUCACCCUGGAGGAGCCGGUCUUGAAGCUCGACACGGGGCUGGUAGCCUUGGAGGCUGGAGGCCAGGAGAUCCUCCUGGAGUUGGAGAAGAACCGCAGGCUGCUGGCCGCAGGAUACACAGAAACCCACUACAGCCCAGAUGGGCAGCCAGUGGUGCUGGUCCCCAACCAGAGGGAUCAUUGCCAUUACCAUGGGCACGUGAGGGGCUUCCCGGACUCCUGGGUAGUCCUGAGCACCUGCUCUGGUAUAAGGGGUCUGAUCACGCUCAGCAGCAAUGCCAGCUAUUAUGUGCAUCCCUGGCCAGCUGGGGAUGCCCAGGGUGCCGCAACCCACAGGAUCUUCUGGACCGAGCAGCUACUUAGCUGGAAAGGGGCCUGUGGCCACAAGGAUCCUGAAGACAAAAAGAACAUGACCAGCCUUUCUCCUGCCACCAAGAUCAGGGACUGGCGGGAAGCCCAGCGAAGCCCGAAGUACCUAGAGCUGUACAUAGUGGCGGAUCACGCCCUGUUUGUGACCCAGCACCGGGACUUAAACCACACCAAACAGCGGCUUCUGGAGAUGGCCAACUACGUGGACCAGAUUCUCAGGACCCUGGACAUUCAGGUGGCGCUGACCGGCCUGGAAGUAUGGACCGAGCAGGACCAGAUCCGGAUCACGCCGGACGCGAACAACACGCUCUGGACUUUCCUGCGGUGGCGCCGGGGGCUGUGGGGGCGGCGGCCACACGACUCCACGCAGCUGCUCACGGGCCGCGCUUUCCAGGGCGACACUGUGGGCCUGGCACCCGUGGAAGGCAUGUGCCUCGUAGAGAGCUCUGGAGGCGUAACCGCGGAUCACUCGGAGCUCCCCAUCGGCGCUGCAGCUACCAUGGCCCACGAGAUAGGCCACAGCCUCGGCCUCAGCCACGACCCCGACGGCUGCUGCGUAGGGGAGGCAGCGGAACCAGGCGGCUGCGUCAUGGCAGCAGCCACGGGGUAUGGGCGACCGGGCGACCGGGUGACCGGGUGGGGAGGAGCUGCUAGGGAGGCCCCACUAGACCCAGGCCCUUCCUCGGCUGCUGUUCCUACAGGGCUGGCCGCGCUGGGUCGGGGUUCCACGUUCAGUCUGGCGCUGCUGGCUCUGGAAGGCACGCCGUCCCGCCCCGUCCAGCUGGGCGCCUUCGCUCGGGUUACCGGCCGUGGCUACUGCCUGGACGGCGCGUGCCCCACGCUCGAGCAGCAGUGCCAACAGCUCUGGGGACCUGGCUCCCGCCCAGCACCGGAGGCCUGUUUCCACGUGGUGAACUCGGCAGGAAACGCCCAUGGCAACUGCGGGAGGGAUGAGGAGGGCAGCUACGUGCCUUGUACGCAGAGGGAUGCGCAGUGCGGGAAGCUGCAGUGCCAGGGCGGGGAGCAGAGCCCACUGGCACCACACACGAUGCCGGUGGACUCUACCCUCCGCCUGGACGGCAGGGAGGUGACUUGCAGGGGGGCCUUCCUGCUCCCGGGUGCCCAGCUGGACCUGCCUGACUUGGGCCUGGUGGAGCCAGGCACCCAGUGUGGGCCUACAAUGGUGUGCCAGGACAGGCGCUGCCAGAACACUACCUUUCAGGAGUUGGAGCUCUGUCUGACCGCCUGCCAUGGCCAUGGGGUUUGCAACAGCAACCAUAACUGCCACUGUGAUCCUGGCUGGGCUCCACCCUCCUGUGACCAGCCAGGGGCGGGUGGCAGCCUGGACAGUGGCCCUGUGCAGCCGGAAAACCAGGACGCCUUCCUGCUGGCAGUGAUCUUUAGCUUCCUACUGCCUCUGCUUCCUGGGGCUGGCUUGGCCUGGUGCUGCUACCGGCAGCGCGGAUCCCAGCUUCAGCACGGCCUGUGCAGCUCAAGGAGGGCCAGUGGGCCCAAAGAUGGCCCAUGCAGGGAUCACCCCCUGGGCAGUGGUCAGCGCCUGGAGAUGGGCCCGAUGACCACUGGAGAGCCCCGACCCCUCAACAUUGAGAUCCCUGCCAGAGCCCAACAGCCACCUUGAGAAACCUGUGCCCUGUGGCCCUACCUGCACCCAAGCAGGUCAAGUCCAGAAGCCAAGAUCCAGUCUCUGUCGAGAGGGGGAUCUGAGAUGAGGACACUUAAAAACAGGUGGCUACUGACACUUGGACUGCCAGGGGCAGAGUCAGCAAGUCAGCUGACCGGUACCUUCAGGCAGCUUGCAAGUUUCUUCCCCGAGUUACCUCCGCCCUACCCGCUCCAGGAGCCCAGAGCCUCAUCAGAGUUUGCCCAGCGCUCUCUGUUCUUUAGGGCUGGAUCAUGCCAGCCCCAGAAUGCAUCUGUUAUGUAAAACUUCCCAGGUCUGAGAGACGAAAGAAAGAGGCGCCAACUCCAUCAUUACCAGAGUUUACUAAGGGAACAUAUACAAGGUACAUCUUGGGCAGCGGCAAGACCAAGUGGAUAUCCACCACACCAUGCGGCAGCCGCCAAAGGGUUGUAUAGACGGGCAGGAUGGAUAGGGGUGCUGGGCGUAACCCACCCAGGUAAAGGGGAAAGGCCUUACACGCUUGCCCAGGGAAGGGCGAGGGCCUGUCCCAGGAACCAGCAUGCCUGGGACAUGGAGAGGGUGAUCAGUCUCUGAGGGGACUUAUGGGAAGCAAUCUCUGUUCUGACCCAGAGGAUCUGGCAGUGGUCAGGAAGCGCUCAUGUCAUGGAACAGUCUCUCCUUCACACCAUCAGUCCAGGAAAUGAAGCUCACAGUCACUGACUUCCUGUCACCGGGGGGAGGUUAGGUCACACGGGAGAGGCCUCUAACUGGGGAUGUGUGCUGUGCUACAGGCACUCCUUCCAGACUCAGACUCUGGCAAUGUCUGCUGGGCCAGAGCCUGGACGCGGGGACCCUACAUUUCAGACUGAGUCCACUUCCCUGGAGCCUGGCCCCUGCAAAGCAAACAAAAUCCUUGGGACCUUCCUCCCUCCCUUUUCCUGCCCUAUCUUGUCCCCUAGAUAGUUCCUCAGCCCCAUCCCAGUCCUAGUCCUGCACCUGAGGUUUUGGAGGAGUGUGGGGUAUGCUGCCCCCCCCCCCACUUUGGACAUUAUUGAGCCUCUCCUACAUUCCCUAGGCAGGGAUUGAGGGAGCCAUUUUAGAAAGGGCACCAAAGGGACCGUGUGAGUCUUUUCUGCCUGUAAAUUCAACCCUGUGGGGCUCCCUGAGGGGUGGUGGCUGGUGGGUGAAGCCUCAGAUGGUAGCGAGAACCCCAGACGGACGUGGAUAUAAGAUGGUGUUGUCUUGCUUGAAUGAUCUCUUUGCCCCACCUCACUGGCCUCCCUUGGACAGUCUCAGAAGCCACUUAGUCUCUUCCCUUGCUUCAUGCAAGAGUUGCUGAGUGACCUGUAUCAGCCAGCUGUUGCUGUGUAACAACACUCCCCCAAAACUUAAAACAACAACCAAUUCCGGGAAUUGGCAAGUUAGGUUGAACUCAGCUGGUGGUUCGAUUGGUCUCAACUCAGCUCACUUAUAUGUUUGCUGUCAACUGCUGGCCAACUAGGAAGUUCUGCUUCUGGGGUUGGUUGGCGGUUGGCUGGGGUGAUGGGAAUAGAUGGGCUGUGUGUCUCUCAUUUUCCAGUGGGCUAGCCCAGGCUUGUUCACAUGACAGCUGGGGGGGGGGGAUUUCUAAGAGAGCAGGACCAGGAUUAGGAUGAGGUAAGUGUGCUCACUUACCUUGGGCAAAAAAAAUAAUAAUCAAGAUAAGUAAUAUUUUAAAAGAUCAAAAUUAGUGCUAAAAACCCAUGAUGAACAAAAUAUUAAAAAUUUAAGUGAAGACAGGAUCAAUAACAGGACCACCCCAAGCAGGUGGGAGCCAGAGGCAAAAGGAAACAUCAGCCAUGGUGCUCCUGAGGCAAGUUCCUCUCUCACCUCAUCCUGCAACAGAUUGGAAGCGUGGAGAUCUCCUAAGAUUCCAUGGCUGGCACAUGGCACUUACCAUGACACUCUAUGGGCCAGCCUGGGUUCCAGGGAUUGGGGAAAAAGUCUCCUCUUAAUGGGAAGAAUGCAAAAUCAUAUUUCAGGGCGUGUGAAGAGCUGGGGAAUGGCGGCAAGUGUCUGAUCCUCCCACCGGCAGCACAGGAGAGGCAGCCCCCAGCUCAGGCUUGCUUUUACUCCACCAGCCCAAGAGGCGGAAUGAGAGUGUUUUCUGAAGUCCUGUGAUCUUUCUACCUGUGAGAUUUUGAUUUAUAGAGAUGACUGAGUGAGGACCUGGAGAGAUGAAUGCCAUUGGAAGGAGUUUUUAUCACGUACAGUCCCCAAGAAAUGGGGGCAUGCAGGGCUGCAUGGGGAAGCACCAGGCUUGUAAGGAAAGACGAGAGCUACCACAGUUUGGAGGAAGCUAAGGCAACAUGACCACUGAAUGUCAUGUGGGAUCCUGGGUUGGAUCUUGAAACAGAAAAAGGACAUUAGUGGAAACACUGGAGAAAUUAAAAAUGGUCUGUAGUAUAUUGUAUUGUACCAAUGUUAAUUCCCUAGUUUUAACAACCUAUAUAUAUAAAAGCCUAAGCGACCGAACAACCAGUCGACC